AAGUUUUUGGUCGGCGGCGCUCAAGGACCUGCCUACUUGCCACUCUACAGCAGCGUUGUAAAAAAAAAAAAAAAAGACAAAAAGAGGCCAGGAGUCGUACGAGUGAGCGGAGAGUGAAAGAGUCACAGAACGAGUCACAAGAGUAAGUGAGGGAGCGAGGGACCGUUAAUUUCAUCCACCCCGUUUCAAGUGCGCCCGGGAGAAUUACAUUGUUGCAACAUCACCUUACCGAAGAGGCAACGGGGAUAGCUAUUACAACAACUAAAGAAAUAGAGAUAUCACCAUGGAUCUUUAUGACGGGGACGACACCGUUUAUAUGCCGCAAGAGGACGACUGGGACCGCGAUCUUCUCUUAGACCCUGCGUGGGAAAAACAGCAGAGAAAGACGUUCACAGCAUGGUGCAACUCCCACCUCAGGAAGGCUGGCACCCAGAUCGAGAACAUCGAGGAGGACUUCAGAGACGGCCUCAAACUCAUGCUGCUGCUGGAGGUCAUCUCGGGGGAGCGCUUGGCCAAACCGGAGCGCGGGAAGAUGCGGGUGCACAAGAUCUCCAACGUCAACAAGGCCCUGGACUUCAUCGCCAGCAAAGGGGUCAAGCUGGUGUCCAUCGGGGCGGAAGAGAUCGUUGAUGGUAACGCCAAGAUGACUCUCGGAAUGAUCUGGACCAUAAUCCUCCGCUUUGCCAUCCAGGACAUCUCUGUGGAAGAGACAUCAGCCAAAGAGGGCCUGCUAUUGUGGUGCCAGAGGAAGACUGCUCCCUACAAGAACGUCAACAUCCAGAAUUUUCACAUCAGGUGAGGAGCGAAGGGAGCGGGAGAAUCCGACGCUUGUC